GCUUGUAGGUGCUGAGGUGGUGACCGGGACGGAGCUUUCCAAAAGCAACACAUCACAUUUACUGCAAAAAACUGCCCUUAAACUCCAGACCUUACUGACUAACACCUGAAAUUAUCUUGGGUUCAAGAACUAGCAUAACCUCAGAAGGACUUAUCAGUGUUCAGUGUGUAGUGUUUUAUUGCUGACUAAUGUAGAGAAAAGGAAACCUACUAUAUUCUGGGUUUUGAGGCCCACACAGAGGCACACAAACACACACACACACACACACACACACCCCACUGCAGCUCAGGAUAUACCAGGAAACAGCCACCAAAAGGACCUCAAAGUGCAUGAAUAAACACACCUCCACAACAAUGUCUCCUGCACCGACUCUUUUGUAUUGUUCAGGCAUUUUUUCCCUUUUGGUCCUCCUCCCGCUUAUCCAGACAUGUGAAUUAGGGACGGCGCGAGACUGUGCUGAAGCAGACUUUGCUCCCGGGUCUGACCUCGCUGGAGAAGGCUUUGACAUCACCAAGAUGCAGCGAAAAGGUUCCUUUGUGAUCAACAUGCAAAUUUGGAAAAAUAAGGACAAGUCCUGCACACUGUGCAAGAACCCGUACCUAGAGGGAAAGAAGCAGAAGCUCCCUAUUUCUGUAGUGGACUGGAGACCAAGCCAGAAGUGCAGCAUAAAAGUGUCCAGUUCCAUCUACCAGUCCAGCGAGUCCCUGGUCAGUGCCAGCACCUCCUCCAUUGAGAACAACUGGAAGGCCAAUUUGGGUAUCAAUGUGAAGAGGGGUGAAGGGUCGCUCAUGCUGGCAGGCAGUAACUCCAAGCUGGCUGAGUAUUCAAUGGAAAAAACCAAAAAGGACAGGUUCAGUUUCACCAGUCACAGCAUUUCCUGUGGAUAUUACAGUUACAGGGUUUCUGACAAACCAGUAAUUCAUCCUGAGUUUAAACGAGCCCUAAGUCAGCUACCCAAGCAGUACGAGUCUCGGUUCAAGCCACGUUUCUUCAAGCUCAUCGACAGCUUCGGCACUCACUAUAUCACCAAGGUGACUCUGGGAGGGAAGGUCCACUCAGUCACCAGUAUCAGACAGUGUCAGGCGUCCCUGCAGGGUCUGAGCGUGGACGAGGUGAAGAAGUGUCUGGACGUGGAGGCGUCUGCCAGCGUGUCGGGGAAAGUUAAUGUCAACAUUGACAGCAAGCACUGUGAUGAAGCCAAGGCCAAGACUGAGAAUAAAAACAGUUUCUCCAGUAACUUCAACGACCGAAUAACAGAGAUCACAGGAGGCCACACCACAGAACCCGAGCUCCUCUUCUCUGCAGAUAAGGACCCCGGAGCUUAUAAAGAAUGGCUCUCGUCCAUCCCGCUCCACCCAGACGUUAUUUCGUACUCUCUUCAGCCUCUGCAUGAGCUUCUCCCCACCAACAACCCGACCAGAAAACACCUGCGCAAAGCCCUCCACGACUUCAUCCUGGAGAAGUCACUGUGGAGAAACUGCUCUGAGCCGUGCAGCACUGGAAUCAAAUCCAAUCCCCAAGAACCGUGUUUGUGUUCAUGCAGGAAUAACCCCGGCGUGACCGCUGACUGUUGCCCGUCCAAACGCGGCAUUGCUCGGGCCAUGGUGACUGUUCUACGGGCAUCUGGGUUAUGGGGUGACCACACGACAGCAACGGACGGCUACGUCAAAGUUCAAGAGAAAAACAACAUGCAGAUCGGUCGCACGCCGGUGAUCUAUAACAACAACAAUCCCAACUGGGCCAUGACCUUCGACCUCGGUGAUGUGUCUCUGAACAGUUAUGACCCUUUAAAGCUGGAGGUGUGGGAUGAGGACAGCAAAUGGGAUGACGACCUGCUCGGAGCCUGCAAUGUCCACCUGAAAGCAGGAGUUGCUGAGAAUUUCUGUAAUUUAAAUCACGGUGAGCUGUACUAUAAAACAGAGGUGAUUUGUCCGCCAAGUCUAGCGGGUCCCUCGUGCAGCGAUUACGUUGGAUCCCCCAUGAACUUUAAUCUGGAGAAGUUGUACGUGUCCCGGCACUCUCGACCCGUUCCGCAGGACAUGCUGCAGGAAAUGGGCGUGACUCCUGACGAAGCUCCGCUAACCGUUAAGCAGAUGGGAUAUGAUUCUUACAAAAGUGUUGUGCAGCUUCUGUAGGGAAGUUCAGCACAUUCUUAAAUCCACUGAUGAUAUUUAGGAUUGAAACAGCAAAGCUGAACGGAAUCGAUGGACUCGAUAAAACCAGCACGUAAAUUCAAAUGUAGUCACUCGAGUAAGGAAUAAAACACAUCAAGGUUGUGUGAAGUUGAUUAUUUUCCUGUAACAGCAGGUGUUUUAUUUAUUUAAUACAAUAGCAAUUUGACAACAAUAUUAAUUGUUUUCAUUAAUUUUUUAUGCUUAAAGUUACAUCACACUUUUUGUGACGCCUGCUAACAACUUAGCUCUUGUUAUUACUUGUAAAUGGCUGUAAAUGGCCAAUCCCUCACCAGCCUCUCUUUAUUCUCUCAGUUAAAAACCAUAAAGAAGACGUGUAAACUCUUCUUUCCUGAAAAUUACACUGGAGACUCCUUCCAUAAAUAAGAUCUGAGUUCCUUUUGUUUCAGUAUUUGUGAAUUGUUGUUGUUUGACUGCAUUAAAGCAGUUUGGAUAUUUAUGUAUUUAUACUCGUACAGUAUAGACUCCUUUAAUACUCUGUUGUGUCUCAGUGUUCAAUUAUAAUAUUUUAUUUUGUAUUCAGCUUUACUUAGAUUUUUCCUCCAGAGAAAUAAAGACUUAUUGAACAUUAA